AUGAAACGCUUCGCGCUCCUCCUCGCCGUACGCACCAUACAAGCCGGGCCGUGCGCCGACGGCAUGGAUAAGGGGCUGAACGGCUGCUGCGCCGACAACAAGUGCCCCCCAUGCACGGUCAUCCCCGUGGUCGUCGACGACGGCACCAGUACUACGUGUACGUGCUCCGGGCAAACCGGCGACACCGCACACAUCGAUGCCACCUGCGCCACCAUGGCCGGCUGCAGGGCUCUUAUUUCUGACGCGACUUACAUGAGCAUACCCUCUGACGCGACGAGCUGCUCCUUGUGCGCCGGGUCCGAGGUGUGCUGGCCGACCGUCGCGGCCAUGAAGGCCUGCCAGGAUUUCUUCUGGAGCGCCCCGGCGAUGGGCCGCAACGCCACAGACGGAAAGGUCACGUGUACGCCGCGCGACACGAUCGACGCGGCGGCGGCGCGCACACCCCUCGCCGCGCUAGCGAUAGCGCUGCUGUUUGCCCUAAUUGUAUCACAAUAA